AUGGUCAACCUACCGGAGACGUUUGCGGCUAUUCCGCGCCAGGAGUUCCUCCUCGGCCCUUCACCAAUCCAUCUUCUUCCCCGGAUGACAGCUGAUCUCGGAGGCCAGGUCAAGAUAUAUGCGAAACGAGACGAUGUCAGCUCCGGUUUAGCGUAUGGAGGCAACAAGACGCGCAAACUUGAAUAUCUCGCUGCCGAUGCUGUUGCCCAGGGAUGUGAUACUCUCGUCAGUAUCGGCGGAAUUCAGAGCAACCACACCCGCCAAGUGGCCGCAGUAGCGGCCAGAAUGGGCUUAAAGUGUGGCCUGGUGCAGGAGAAAUGGGUGGAAUGGUCUGAUACAGGCUACGAGAAGGUCGGGAACAUUCAGCUGUCUUACCUGAUGGGUGCGGACGUGCGGAUUGAGAAGAUGACUACCUUUGGAAUUGAACACAAGGAUACCCUGAAAUCGUUGAUGAAAGAAUAUGAAGCCAAGGGCCAGAAGCCUUACUAUAUCCCCGCCGGAGCAUCCGAUCACCCUCUCGGAGGCCUGGGCUUUGCUCGCUGGGCCUUUGAGGUGCGCGAGCAGGAAAAGCAACUGGGUACUACCUUUGACUAUAUCUUCGUGUGUGCCGUGACAGGUUCCACGAUGGCAGGCAUAGUUACCGGUUUCAAACUGAUUGAGAAGCUAUACCCGGAUGAGCCAAAGAAGAAAAUUAUUGGAAUCGACGGUUCAGCGACCCCGGAGAAGACUCGCGCCCAGGUUCUUCGGAUUGCCAGGAGCACCGCGGAGAAAAUUGGGUUAGAGGCGGACGACAUCACGGAGGCAGAUAUAGUGCUAGAUGAAAGAUACCAUGCUGGGACAUACGGCGUCCCCGACAAGCAGACUUGGGAGGCAAUUGAGUAUGGAGCAAAGAUGGAUGCGUUCAUCACGGAUCCAGUCUAUGAGGGGAAGAGCCUUGCUGGAUUGCUGGGAUAUCUGAGGAAUGGUGAAAUAAAGACUGGGAAUAUCCUGUAUGCUCAUCUUGGUGGACAAUUGGCCCUGAAUGCAUAUUCUCAGCUUGGGCAUGUUGAAUGA